AAUGGAAAAAUAAAUAGCUUCCUAAAGAUAUUUUUUUCCAACAACUCAUCCACUUUACGAAACAGAGAAGAAGGGAAAGCCAAAUGACGCCGACGAUUCUUACUCCGACGACUCUUCCUCCGGCGACUGCUACAUGGCCAUGUAACACAUCUCAGAAGCUCACCACAAUUAGAUCAACACCAUUCAAGCUCAAGUGUAGAGCGAGUUCUUCAUCAUCGUCCAUCACAGACUUUGAUCUUUAUGACCUCUUGGGUGUUGACCGGAGUUCUGAUAAGUCUCAGAUCAAAUCAGCCUACCGUGCGCUGCAGAAACGGUGUCAUCCUGAUAUCGCAGGAGAUCCUGGUCAUGACAUGGCCAUCAUCCUUAACGAGGCUUACCAGCUUCUCUCUGAUCCGAUCGCACGCCACGCUUAUGACAAGGAGCAAGCAAAACUUGAAGAACUCAGAGGUUAUACAGGGAAACCGUUGUACUCGGUUUGGUGUGGAUCAGAGACAGAGCAACGAGCUGCGUUUGUGGAUGAGGUUAAGUGUGUUGGUUGCUUGAAGUGUGCUUUAUGUGCAGAGAAAACAUUUGCUAUUGAAACUGCUUAUGGGAGAGCAAGGGUUGUUGCUCAAUGGGCUGAUCCUGAAUCCAAAAUCAAAGAAGCCAUUGAAGCUUGUCCAGUAGACUGCAUUUCAAUGGUGGAGAGGUCUGACCUUGCUCCACUUGAGUUUCUUAUGUCAAAGCAACCACGAGGCAACGUGAGGAUUGGGGUUGGAAACACGGUUGGGGAACGUGUCUCUAACGUCUUUGUUGAUGUCAAGAAGUUCCAGGAAAGAUACGCCAAAACUAUGAGCAGAAACACUAAAGAGAGUUCCCAGACAGAAGUAAGAAUAAGUGCAGUAGAGGCAAUCAGGUCUAUCUCCAAUUGGCUAUACUGGAGAUCAUCACCGUACACGAAACCGUUGAGUCCAGAAUCAAACAUGAGUCUAACUUUUACCAAACGGCAAAAAACGGUUGAUCCAGAUAUCAGAAAGCUUCAAGAUGCUGUGGCAGCAAUGAAACAAGCAGAACAGAGCGGCCAAAGCAAACCAAAAGAAGCAGUUUUCAUGCUUGGAGAAGAUUAUUGGACUCCAACAAACGCAGCUCUUCCCUCAUCUGGAAACAACAACAAAAACUCCAAGGCUAGCUCGAUUCCGCGAGUGACUCAUAACAAUACUUCAUCAGAAGAGAAACCUAACAGUAGAAGAGCAUAUAGAAGACAGUUCAAGAUUCAGAAGUUCCCAAUUGGGACAGCCAUAGUUGCAGUAUUAUUGGUUCAGUACCAAGCAAGUUACAGAGACGUAUCUGAGCUCAAAGACCAUAUCGGCGGCUCGCUAGCUCUAUCCAUAAUUAACAGCCCAUGGCAGCAGAUUUUAUUAGCAGGAGUUACAUGGUACUUCAUCGGAGCAAUGUUACUCCAACUUGUGGAAGCUGCUCAACACAAGCUAGAAGGUGAAAAAAAAGGCGAUAAAGAAGCAUAGGCUUCAUAGAUAAAUAUAAUUUGUACAGCAUAUCACUCUUUAGAGCAGGUUCACCUGCAGAUGUAACAAUGAACAUUAUAUUAUACAACAAACACAUAUGCUUAUUGAA